AGUAUUGUAUUUUCAUUGUUUACUUACAGUAAGAGGGUUAGUGGAUUUGACAUGGCACCUCCCGAAUCUGCUCAGCUACCUGGUGCUUUGGGAAUUCCAGGUACUCAAAUUAUAAUUGUUAAACUAGUCAGUGUUUUUUACAAGUGCUGUUUUUUUUCUUUGAUUUAGUCCAGGAAAAGCCUUAUCAAAAUGCAUGAUAUGAUUUGGUAAGAGUCCUUGCUCAUUUAGAUGGCACAAAAUUAGGAUCUUUGUCCAAAGAUCAGCUGUUAAUUUUUAAAUUUGAUUGUUUACUUGGUGAAAUAAUUCUGAAACUGAGAGGGUUUUUGCUUUGUUGUUGUCUUUGGUGUUGUUUAUCUUUUUUGUAUGUCAAUAUCUUAAGUUCUAAGAAGGCAAUGUUGGGCUAGUACUAGUAGUCCCACUCUGCUGACACUGGGCGUGAGCCGACCUCUGUAAGAUAUUUGUACAAGGAAGACAAUAAAGGUCAGAUUCCUGCAAUUACACCAACCAUUCCUGGUAUAUUUCCAAGCAUGUUAACUUUGGCACCAGGACAGUUUGGAGGUCUCCCUGUUAUGCCAGCUCAGGCAAUGACUCAGCAGGCUACAAGACAUGCACGUCGAGUAUAUGUUGGCGGACUUCCUCCAAGUGCUAAUGAGCAGUCUGUGGCAAUAUUUUUUAACCAUGUAAUGUCUGCCAUUGGGGGGAAUACAGCCGGUCCAGGUGAUGCAGUAGUCAAUGUUUAUAUAAACCACGAGAAAAAAUUUGCAUUUGUUGAGAUGAGGUCUGUUGAAGAGGCCAGCAAUGCUAUGGCGCUUGAUGGAAUUAUCCUUGAGGGAACUCAAGUCAAGGUGAGAAGACCAACUGAUUAUAAUCCAUCUCUGGCUGCUGCUCUUGGUCCCAGCCAACCAAGUCAGGACCUAAAUCUUGCAGCUGUUGGUCUAGCUCCGGGGUCAUCUGCAGGGCUUGAGGGUCCUGACCGUGUCUUUGUAGGAGGCCUUCCCUAUUAUCUCACCGAAGCCCAGAUCCGAGAGUUGCUCGAAUCAUUUGGACCGCUUAGAGGGUUCAAUCUUGUCAAAGAUAGGGAAACAGGGAAUUCGAAAGGCUAUGCCUUCUGUGUUUAUCAAGAUGUUUCUGUUACAGAUAUUUCUUGUGCAGCGCUUAAUGGGAUUAAGAUGGGGGAUAAGACUCUCACUGUCAGACGUGCCAGCCAAGGUUCAUUACAACCUAAACCAGAACAGGAGAGCAUACUGUUACAUGCACAACAGCAAAUUGCGCUACAGAGGCUCAUGUUGCAACCUGGUGGAUUACCCACAAAGGUGUUAUGCCUAACAAAUGUGGUUAAUGCGGAAGAGCUCACAAACGAUGAAGACUAUGAGGAUAUAUUGGAAGAUAUGAGAACAGAAUGUGGGAAAUUUGGUACCUUGGAGAAACUAGUUAUCCCUCGUCCACGCCCUGAUGGUGCACCUACACCUGGAGUUGGAAAGGUUUUUCUUGAGUAUGCAGAUGUUGAGGGUUCUAGCAGGGCUCAGCAAGGUUUGAAUGGGAGAAAAUUCGGAGGAAAUCAAGUGGUUGCUGUGUUCUAUCCGGAGAACAAGUUCUCUCAGGGAGAACUUGACGGCUAGUUUGUUCAUUUUUUUUCUUUUUUGUAUUUUACUGACGAUGAAGGAUUGUUUUUCGCUAUUAAGUGAGACAUGUUUGUUGUUUGUCACAAACUCGUACAAACCAUCAAACCUAAGAUGAUUCGGAGUACUAUUGUUUGUUGCAAGUUGUGGUUCUUUUCUUGCAUUCUUCUAUCAGAGUCCUUUAUCUAACAUAAUGGGUAUAAAACAAAUAGUAAAUUUUUUAAAAUUGU